UUAUUAACGGACAGAGACAAAGUCGAGGCUGAGAACCGGAGUGAAGCUCACUCCUCUGGUCUCUGCUCUCCACCAUGACCGCCCAUCCGAUGCGGUCGCUGAAGUCCUCUGUCGGGACUAAGAACGGCAGCAGCUUCCACGCUGGCGCUUCCUCCUUCCAACAGAGCUCUGCCGCCCGAGUUGCCGAAUGCUUCGUGUUCCGCCAAGAAAAGUACUCUACCGGCCUUCACUCGUCCUGGAUCAGCCGCCUCCUCUCCACCGCUACCUCCGCUGCAAGCAUCCAGUACCCUGCCAACACCUCCUUAGGCGACUUUGUCCCCGGAAAGCUUAACAUCUCCUCUGACGAGUCCCGCACUCCCUCUUCCUUCUUCCACAACUCUGACUCCUCCAUCAUCCAUCGAUGCCUAGGGUUCGCCCAUAUUAAUCCGACGCCUCCGCCGCCGCUGCCGACGCAGAGGAUAUCGCGUGGAGAUGGAGAUGGCCGGCUGGUGGCAAGCUUUGGGCCGUUUAAAGUGAGGGAAAUUGGUAAGAGCGCGGAAAUGGUUUUUGGAACAGGAGUAUUUGUGGGAGAGGAACGGGAAGGGGGAAAGGUUCGAGCUUUGAAGAGGAAGAUGGAGGAUGAGGCGAUUGGGGGUCAGAUCUCGCCAUUGGUGGUUCAGUUUAGACCCUGUCUGACUAGCGGUGGUGCGGGGAUUCUUGAGAAAGGAAUAGCAGGUAUUGAUCCAGUUUCUUCAUCCAGGUUGCAGGGUUCUUUUGGGCCAUGGAAGGUUGAAGGCAGGCUAAAGACACCGGUUUUUGGUUCUUUUCUUGCGAGUGGCGGUUCCGUUCUAGAUGAUGCGAGGAGAAGAGGUGCUGCAUAUCGUGAUCUUUCUGAUUAUGGUUCUUUAUCUAGAUCAUUUCGGGACAUUCAUAGUCUGCAUGAUAGUGUAGUACCACAGCAACCUGGUAUUCAAAUUCGAAAAGAAGAAGCUGAAGAACCCUUCUCAUUUUGGAACAUGGGGAGAUUUAAAAGAGCGAACUUUGUUUCCUCAGUUUCUCCAUCAUUUGAUUUAUCUUGGAACUUUGAUAGGAAGAGAAAACCAAUUGCAGAACUUAUUAGCUCUUCCAAGUGCCGGAGAAUGUGAAAGAAGAGUACCAUCUGUAUUUAGAAAAUGUUCGGAGCUUUUGUGGAAGCGGAGGCAUUGAAGGGGACAAGAAAUCUAGCUUGAGAGGAAUCUGUUGUGCAAAAGGUAGGAUAUAUGUUUAUAUUUAUGCUACUUUGAUGAAUAUGACUGAAUAUCUUUCCCAGCAGGUCAUUAACAACUUCUGUUCAACCUGCUUAUAUAAUAUCUAUCUGUAAAAAAUCAGUUUGAUCUUGAGAAAUAUAAUGUGGUGCUUGCUAGCUCCCUUGAGCUUUGAACUGAAGAUGGGAAAUGUAGUGGUACUGCUGUAAUGUCUAUAGCAGGACAGCUUUAUGCUUUAUGUUUCAAGGAAAAAAAAAAGGUGGUGCUUUGAUUA